AUGGUCAAGAGUCAAAUGGAACAAGCAGAAUUGUUUCUCGAAAACGGUGUUUUCAAAGAUUUGGUGCAAGGAAACUUCAUCGAUCAUUAUCACAAUAUGACAUACAAGCACGUGAUGGCUCUCAAGUGGUUCGAUGAUUUUUGCAGCAACGCAAAAGUGUUGUUAAAAGUCGACGAUGAUGUGUUGGUAAAUGUACCGUACAUUUUAGCUUCAACCAAGACAAAUUUUUGGAAAGCUAUUCAAAGCGAAAAUGAAGAUUUUAUUUUCUGCAAAGAAUGGCCUCAUUCGAUGCCCUUUAGGAAUAAAAAUUCAAAGUGGUAUGUGUCAGAGGAAGAUUUUCCGGGAAUGUAUUAUCCGAGUUUUUGUUCCGGAUCUGCGAUAUUUUAUGCUCCGCAUACCGUUAAAAUGCUCCUCAAUGAAAUAAGAUAUAUGAAAUAUUUGUUCAUGGAUGACGUUUUUGUGACGGGAUUAGCAAGAAAUCGAACGAAUAUCAAAGUCACUCAUUAUGGCAAUGUUUGGAACAAUAACACGGAAGAAAUUAGACAAAUAGAGAAAAACCCGAAGAUGAAAAAUUUGUUCAUUGGACCGUCAAAUAUUGAAAUUUCGGACUUGUAUUGGAAUCAAAUUCGAAUUUUGAACCAACGAUAUAAUAUUGCUUAA